GAAGGGGUGGAGCCGGGAAACUCAUCCGGUCUUAGAGAAGCCGGAAGUGCCAGGUGAGCUCGGGCCGAGGACCUUUACCUGUUGAGCCUGUGCACCCAGGUAGAGACGGCGGGCGAAGUCCAGGAGGUCCAGUGGGCAACUCCCCAGCAGCAGCCAUGAACUACGUGGGGCAGCUGGCAGAGACGGUGUUUGGGACGGUGAAGGAGCUGUACCGGGGCCUGAACCCAGCCACGCUGAGCGGUGGCAUCGACGUGCUUGUGGUGAAGCAGAUGGAUGGCUCCUUUCAGUGCUCGCCCUUCCACGUGCGUUUCGGCAAGCUGGGCGUCCUGCGCUCACGGGAGAAGGUGGUAGACAUCGAGAUCAACGGGGAGCCAGUGGAUUUGCACAUGAAGCUGGGGGACAGUGGGGAGGCCUUCUUUGUACAGGAGCUGGAAAGCGAUGAGGAACCUGUGCCUCCCCGCCUCUGCACCUCACCCAUCCCUUGGGGGGGUCUGUCUGGCUUCCCCUCGGACUCCCAGCUGGGCACAGCCAGCGAGCCUGAGGGCCUCGUCAUGGCAAGCACAGCCUCCACGGGGCGGAGGAAGCGGCGUCGUAGGAGGAAACCCAAGCGGAAGGAAGAUGCCCUGGCAACUGAUUCUAGUUCAGAGGAACUGGAGACAGGUGCUGAGAGUGAGCUGUCUCUACUGGAAAAGCUGAAGCCAGAGUCCCCAGGCAGUGUCCAGUUGGAAGAGGAGUCCUCUCUGCAGCCCAAAGACAUCUACCCAUACUCCGAUGGCGAGUGGUCCCCCCAGGCCAGUCUCUCUCCAGGUGGGCUGACAUCCCCUAAGAGUGACUCAGAGCUGGAACUGCGGACCCCGGAGCCCAGUCCCCUGAGAGCUGAGUCCCACAUGCAGUGGGCCUGGGGGAGGCUGCCUAAGGUGGCCAAAGCUGAGCGGUUUGAGUCCCCGAAGGUCUUGGAAGGCAGCGCUGGGGCAAUCUCUCCUUCUCGGGAAGGACCCAGCACCCCCUCUGCCUCUGUGGCUGGCAUCAAUCCUUUGGGAUGCCCAGUCCUGCAAACAGGAGCUCACACUGACCUGCACCGGCCUGAUGCAGGGGAUCCCACUCUGGUGGGUCCCCCUUUCUACACCCCAGAGACAGAGGAAACUAAGACUCAGAGCCCCAGAGAUGUGGGCCUCCCUCCAGCCUCUAAGUCACAGAGCUGGGCUGCUCUGGAGGGUUCAGUUCCCAUUGGGCAGCCAGAGGAAGUCUCCAGGAGGAAAGGCUCCCUGAAGAGAAGCCAGCACCUGGGACCCAGUGACAUCUACCUGGAUGAUUUACCCUCCCUGGACUCCAAGAAUGCAGCACUUUACUUCCCCCAGAGUGACUGUGGGCUGGGGGCCAGAAGGUGGAGUGAACCUGGCAGCCAGAAGCCUCUGGGGUACCCCAGCCCUGAACAUGUGCCAGAACCCACUCUGGACACAGUGGACACGAUAGCACUAUCCCUCUGUGGCGGACUGGCUGAAAGCCGGGACAUUUCCCUGGAGAAGUUCAACCAGCAUGGCGUCUCCUACCAGGAUCUCACCAAAAACCCCAGUCUCCUGGAUGACCCAAACCUAGUGGUGAAAAUCAAUGGAAAACAUUAUAACUGGGCAGUGGCUGCUCCCAUGAUCCUCUCCCUGCAAGCCUUCCAGAAAAACUUGCCCCAGAGCACUGUGGACAAGUUGGAGAAGGAGAAGAUGCCACGGAAGGGUGGGCGAUGGUGGUUUUCCUGGCGACGCAGGGACUUCCCAACCGAGGAGAGUGGUGCCCAGAGGGAGAAAACCACAGCCAGGGAGCAGCAGGGGGGGAAGACUGAAGUCCUGAGCAGCGAUGAUGAUGCCCCAGACAGCCCUGUGAUCCUCGAGGUUCCCUCCCUGCCAUCCUCCAUUCCAGCCCACACUCCUACCUACAAGAAGUCCCUCCGGCUUUCUUCCGAUCAGAUCCGACACCUGAAUCUGCAAGAAGGUGCCAAUGAUGUGGUCUUCAGUGUGACCACCCAGUACCAGGGCACCUGCCGUUGCAAGGCCACCAUCUACCUGUGGAAAUGGGACGACAAGGUGGUCAUCUCUGACAUUGACGGCACCAUCACCAAGUCGGAUGCUCUGGGCCACAUUCUGCCCCAGCUAGGGAAAGACUGGACACACCAGGGCAUCACCAGUCUUUACAACAAAAUCCACCUAAAUGGGUACAAGUUCCUGUACUGCUCAGCGCGGGCCAUCGGCAUGGCUGACCUCACCAAGGGGUACCUGCAGUGGGUGAGCGAGGGUGGCUGUGGCCUCCCCAAGGGCCCCAUCCUGCUGUCUCCCAGUAGCCUCUUCUCCGCCCUCCACAGGGAGGUGAUUGAGAAGAAGCCAGAGGUGUUCAAGACUGCCUGCCUGAGUGACAUCCAGCAGCUGUUUUUGCCUAAUGGACAACCUUUCUAUGCUGCCUUUGGGAACAGGCCCAAUGAUGUCUUUGCCUACCGGCAGGUGGGCCUCCCUGAAUCUCGCAUCUUCACAGUCAACCCCCGGGGAGAGCUUAUCCAAGAACUCAUGAAGAACCACAAAUCCACGUACGAACGGCUCAGUGAGGUGGUCGAGCUCCUCUUCCCGCCUGUGACCCGUGGCCCCAGCACAGACCUGGCGAACCCUGAAUACAGCAACUUCUGCUACUGGCGGGAGCCAUUGCCCACUGUGGACCUUGAUGCCCUGGCCUGACUGUACUGGCUGCCCCCUUCUCCCUGGCCUGGCCCAGGACAGACCAGGUAUCCUGGGGCAUAGGGAGUUGGAAGCUGGGUGCCAACCCACUGAAGGAGAAGAGAGGGCUGGAGGUUGAUUGGUAGGCACGGGGACCCUCCACCCUCCCCGUCUUGUCUCCUGUCUCUCCCAGCUGAGCUGCAGCUGCUCGGGGCCUGAGUGUGGCCCUGGUCUGAAGCAAUUAGUUUGCUAUCUGGGCCUUUGCAGAGUUCU